GGUCUGCACUACCAUACAUCCAUAAACCUCUCACCCUUAUCGCCCUAUCCUUUUCCGAAAUCCCGCCACCAGCACCACCGUCAUGUCGUGUUCUUCCUCCAUCAUAGGCGUCUCCUCCCUUUUCCCGAAAACGCCUUCUUCACUAGAGCAUAUCUCGAGGAAAACCAUUACACCUUCAUCCCCUUUAGCUUUUCCGUUGUCUUCCGAUAAAACGCACUUCACUUCCCUAUCCAGACUCAGACAUAACAGCGUCGGCGUUGGCGGAGGUGGUUCUACUUUCGUGGCGUCGGCAAUUGCGGCGCGGAAUUCAGUUCUUAGUGAGGAGGCGUUUAAGGGUCUUGGUGUGUUCGAUGAAGGUUCUUCUUUGGAAGACGAUGGUGACGCAGAGUAUGACGAUGAGUCUGAAUUUGAAGCCCCCAUUGAUGGUAAUGAUGGCGCCAGUGUUGACGAUGAUGAUGAGCUUUCAGUUCGUAGACUGGGGUUGCCUCAAAGACUGGUUGAAACUCUUGUUAAGAGGGGAAUUACUAAGCUUUUCCCAAUUCAAAGAGCCGUUUUGGUUCCUGCAUUAGAAGGCAGAGAUAUUAUUGGUCGUGCAAAAACAGGAACAGGGAAGACUUUAGCCUUCGCAAUUCCUAUUAUCAAAAAACUCACUGAAGAAGAUGAACAAAACCGAAAUAGGAUUGUGGGACGUAUGCCAAGAGUUUUAGUUCUAGCACCUACAAGAGAAUUAGCAAAGCAAGUAGAAAACGAAAUCAAAGAAUCUGCACCUUAUUUGCAAACAGUGUGUGUGUAUGGUGGUGUCUCUUACACUUUACAGAAAAACCAACUGAGUCGUGGGGUUGAUAUAGUGGUUGGGACACCCGGUCGACUCAUUGACCUGGUGAAUAGUAAUAUUUUGAAAUUAGGGGAAGUUCAAUUUUUGGUUCUUGAUGAAGCUGAUCAAAUGCUUGCGGUUGGUUUUGAGGAAGAUGUUGAAGUUAUUUUACAAAAACUUCCUUCACAAAGACAAAGCAUGCUUUUUUCAGCAACUAUGCCUGGUUGGGUUCAAAAACUCUCAAGGAAAUAUUUGAAAGCCCCCUUGACUAUUGAUUUGGUUGGUGAUCAAGAUGAGAAGCUAGCAGAAGGUAUCAAGCUCUAUGCUAUACAAUCUACCUCAACUUCAAAACGGUCAAUGCUUAGUGAUCUUGUCACGGUAUAUGCAAAGGGUGGGAAGACGAUUAUUUUCACUCAAACAAAAAGGGAUGCAGAUGAGGUGUCAUUGGGGUUGACUAGUAGUAUUGUUUCAGAGGCAUUACAUGGUGACAUAUCUCAACAUCAAAGAGAGAGAACACUGAAUGGAUUCAGACAAGGAAAGUUUACAGUGCUUGUUGCCACAGAUGUUGCUUCUCGUGGACUUGAUAUACCCAAUGUUGAUUUGGUUAUCCACUACGAACUACCGAACGAUCCGGAAACUUUUGUGCAUCGAUCAGGUAGAACUGGGCGCGCAGGAAAGGAAGGAAAGGCGAUUUUGAUGUACACAAAUAAUCAAAGGAGAACCGUUAGAUCUCUGGAGCAAGAUGUUGGAUGCAAAUUCGAAUAUAUAAGUCCGCCAGCUGUCGAAGAUCUAUUGGAUUCCUCAGUCAAACAAGUAAUCGCUACCCUUUCAUGGACACGGGCUCUCGCUGCAGCCCUUGCACACAUGAGCGGUUUCUCCCAACCACCAUCUUCCCGUUCUUUAAUCACACAUGAAAAGGGAUGGAUGACGUUGCAAAUGACGCGGGAUUCUGAGUCGUCGUUGCAAGGGUACAUGUCUGCUAGAACGGUUACUGGAUUUUUGUCCAGUGUUUAUGCUACGGCUGCUGGUGCACUUGGAAAAAUUCAUGUGAUUGCAGAUAAAAAGGUUCAAGGUGCUGUUUUUGAUCUUCCGGAAGAGAUUGCGAAAAAUUUAUUAACUAAGGAGAUGCCACCUGGCACCACUAUUACAAAAAUUAACAAGUUGCCUGUAUUGGAAGACAAUGGUCCAGCGAGUGAUUUUUAUGGAAGGUUUUCAAACAGGGAGAGAAGUUCACGAGGUGGUGGAGGUUCAAGAAGGGAAGGUUCCGGUGGGUCUCGUGGUUGGGGUAAUAAUAGUCGAUUCUCAUCCGGUGGUGGAGGGGAUAACUUCCGGCAAGGCGGUAGGAGUGGCGGCAGAGGUGGUGGUGGUGGUAGUAGUUGGUCAAGUGGAGGAGGCUCUAGAACUGGUGGAGGGUCGAGGACAACCACCGGUGGAAGUGAUUGGUUGAUUGGUGACAGACGAUCUUCAUCUUCAUCUUCACGCUCUCCACCAUUUGGAAAUAGGGACAGAAAUCUUGUGGGCCCAUGUUUCCACUGUGGGAGGUCAGGGCACAGGGCUUCUGAAUGCCCUAAGAAGCAAGACUAUUAGUUGAUGCUCUUCUGUUGUUCAAGUGUUAACCAUCAUUGCUCCGGUGAAAAGGGGUGGAGGCCACCAACUGCCGCCCAUGCUGGCAGUCGGUGUGGUGUGGUGUGCUUUGGAUCUUGGUCAAAAUAGGAAAAAGUGGAUAACCAUGAUGCUACAGAAAUCUGAGGGCAAAAUCGGUAGAUUAUCUUUAUGUAGCAGCAUCUUUUUCCCCUGUGUAAUGUGUUCCCCUUCGGGAUUCUUGAUUUUUGUCUUAUUUGAGUAAUUACGUUUAUGUAUCAAAGUGAUUUUCUUGAUUUCGUUAUUAAUCAAUGAGUG